CCAUCUCCUGUGGGACAUAGGUAUAGCAGGAGAAGUCGAAGAGACAGAAGUCGGUCACCGUAUUCAUCCUAUUCUCAUAGCAGUAGUGGAAGCGGGUGGAUAGUUACAUUGUCUAUCUUGGUCUGUGUAUAACUUCUUGCUGUUCGGAGAAUCUUCUGUUUUCAUGAGCUCCAUUGAACACCUUCAUGAUCUGUGCACAUAUGAUUGAUGAUAGUCAUGCUAAUUUUGAAGUAUGUUGCUCGAUAAUGGCCAAAACGUUUGUUGAUUUGUCGCUUGGUUUGUAAGAACUAUCAGUGGGCAUAUCUGGCCUUCAGGGAACUCACCUUGUGCAUAGAAAUUCCCCCCCCCAAAAAAGUCAAAUAAAAUAUUUGGAGCAAACGUUUAAAGAGUGGUGUGAGGGUGGGAUACGAUGCAUGCUCUUCAUGAGAAAAUUGAAAAAACUCUUUCUUCCCAUUGUAUGGGAAGUGAGCAGGUGAUGGGUGGCCAUUGGUUGUCCUUUUGUUGCUCGAUUGUGACAUUUGCUUCUUCAUGUGAUAAAAGAUGGAGCACACAAAGGUUAUUCUUAACAGUGUAUGAGACGUAAAAGUCGUUCUAUUUCCCCAAGGCACCGCAGAAGUCGUUCGCCUCCAAGACGUCAUAAAAGUCGUUCUCCAACUCCAAGAAAUUAUAAGAGGCAAAGGAGUAGAAGUUCCUCCUUGUCUCCUAUUCGUAAAUCUUCAAGUUCAAGUCUUGGGUCAAUAGAGCGCAAAAAUGCAAGUGAAAAAUUGAGAAUAGAAGAAGAAGAGAAGAAAAGGCGACAACAGGAAGCAGAAUUGAAAUUGAUAGAAGAAGAGACUACAAAAAGAGUGGAAGAAGCAAUUCGUAAGAAAGUCGAAGUGAGCAUGCACUCUGAGGAGAUUAAGCUGGAAUUACAGAGGCGGUUGGAGGAGGGACGGAAGAGACUUAAUGAUGAAGUUGCAGCUCAACUUGAGAAAGAAAAGGAAGCUGCUAUUAUGGAGGCAAGACAAAAGGAGGAAAAGGCUCGGAAAGAUAAAGAAGAGCUGGAAAGGAUGCUGGAGGAGAACAGGAGGAGGAUAGAAGAAGCCCAGAGAAGGGAAGCUCUUGAGCGGCAGCAGCGAGAGGAGGAACGGUACCGGGAGCUAGAGGAGCUCCAAAGACAAAAGGAAGAGGCUAUGCGAAGAAAGAAACAGCAAGAGGAGGAAGAACGGCUAAACCAGAUUAAAUUGUUGGGCAAGAACAAAUCCCGUCCGAAAUUGUCGUUUGCAUUUGGCUCGAAGUGAAUAUUUGUAGAAACUUGGUUUAUUUGGUUUUCAAGCAUAUGUGCUGGAUUUAAUUCCAUGUACACAUUUGAAAUUUGUGAAAGCUAUUGUCAUUUGGUAAAGUUUUUUGCCCCUCCCCCGGGGUCUUU